UUUAAAACCUAAAUUCAAUACUUUCUUCCCAAAUCCCAAUUCUGUUCAAUUUUUUUCUCUCUCCCAAACAAACCAACUCAGCUUUUUCUCUGCACAACUCUCUUUCCCGGCGUUCCGGGGGAUCGCGUCCCCGGAGAUUUCCAUCCCUGAUUACGUCACCACCCUUCAAUUCAACCCAUCCGUGUUCGCUUCACUGAUUUCUUCUCACAAAAUGGCUUACCACACUUGCUAGGGUUUUAUCCCUCUCAAAUCUUUCUCUCCGAUACCACCCUGUACCUUUUCUUCAUCAACCUAAUUAACUUUCUACUUAUGGCUAUCCGUGUUACCUUCUCCUUUUCCGGUUAUGUCGCACAGAAUCUAGUCUCCUCCGCCGGCGUUCGGGUCGCCAAUUCUCGUUGUGUCCAAGAAUGUUGCAUCCUCUCUCGCUUCUUUGGACACAACCAGAAACGCGAUCGCGAUCGUUCCGGCGGCGGCGGCGUACGCAAUUUCUACCCCGGUAGACCUAAAAACUCCACAUCCAUCUCUGCUUAUUCUACCCUCGCCGGAGAGAUCCUCAAUGAAGGAUGUAAGAAUCCGAUCAUCUUAGGUUUGAUUUCGGUUAUGAAGUCAACGGCUUGUGUUUCUGGGUCAUCAACGGCGGCUAUGGGUAUUAUGGGCAUUUCACCUUUUAAGACUUCUUCGAUUAUACCCUUUUUGCAGGGUUCGAAGUGGCUUCCUUGUAAUGAAUCUGUUCCUGAUCCUACAACGUGGGAGGUUGAUAAAGGCGGAACGCAGUGUGUUCAAAUUUCUAAAAAAGAAUCGAGUUUGAAUCAAAGAGAGACUAGUGGUUGGAUUUCGCGGUUGUUGAAUGUUUGUACUGAAGAUGCUAAAGCUGUUUUCACUGCUGUUACUGUUAGUUUAUUGUUUAAAUCGUUUUUGGCUGAACCUAAAUCUAUUCCUUCAUCUUCUAUGUACCCAACUCUUGAAGUUGGUGACCGUGUUUUAACAGAAAAGUUUUCUUUCUUCUUUAGAAAGCCUGAUGUUUCUGAUAUUGUGAUAUUCAAAGCGCCACCUUGGUUGCAGGAGUUUGGUUUUAGUGCAUCUGAUGUGUUUAUAAAAAGGGUUGUGGCUAAGGCUGGUGAUGUUGUUGAAGUUCGUGACGGGAAACUACUGGUGAAUGCUGUUGCUGAAGAGGAGGAAUUUGUAUUAGAACCUCUUGCUUAUGAGAUGGCUCCAAUGGUUGUGCCGGAAGGACAUGUUUUUGUGAUGGGAGACAAUCGUAACAAAAGUUUUGAUUCUCAUAACUGGGGUCCACUCCCAAUUGAGAACAUUGUUGGUAGGUCCAUGUUUCGCUACUGGCCUCCAUCCAAAGCAGCGGACACUGUCACAGUUCAUAACCCUCCACCCAGAAAUAAUUCUGUGGCAGUUUCUUGACAUGAUUUCCACUACAUUUUGAAGGUGAUGGAAGAUUCCUGUUACAUAUUCAUUUAUUCUGAAUGAAUUGCUACUCUGGUUUUUGACUAGAAGUGAGCUGUUAUUCAACAAUUCGCCGAGACGAACUUGCUUGUCCUGAUUAAAGUCUGGGGUGAAUAUCUUAUUCAUUGAUACAAAUUUGUCAAUGACCUAAUAAUUAUGUCAUGCGUUCUUUAGUGCUAUCCUGAGAUGUAUAUCCCCUUGCAAAAGUUGGGGGGGAAAAGAUAAAUUAAUGAAACAUGAUGAUUAGAAAAAAAAAGGAAGAAUGAUGGUUGAUUUGUGUUGUAUUCUUUCAUAUGUUGUUUCUAGAUGCUAGAAACUUGAGGAAGGCUUCUACAUGGAGCUAUUUGACUCCUUGUAAGUUUCAUAAUAAUGAAGCCGCCUCAUUGUUUGUGGUUAAUCUAUAUGGUAAUUCUUUCAUACAUGAAAUUUCUGGGAACAAUUUUGGUUUCAAGUUUCAGAAAACUUUCCAUUUCCAUAUAUUAAUUGGAAAAAAAAAAAAUAGAGAGAAAAGAGAUAAGCUCUAGGUUUGAGAAUGAGUGAUUCAUUUGACCGUUUACAUAUAUUUUGAAAAUGUGUAUAAAAACAAAGAAUAAUAGUAUUAGAUUAUCUUUAUCAAGUAUUGAUGUAUCAAGGAUUGUAGACGUCUUUUUUAUAAUUUGUAUACAAACACUCGGUAUUGAGUUUAUUAAGAGAUAAAUCAAUGAGGUUGAUCAUUUUUUU